GUUGGAAGGCGUGUCGAAAUAUUGACGAGUAAUAUCGCUAUCUAAUAUCUAAGAGUUGAAAUCAAACAAGAAUAUUUGGGAUGUGAUAAUAAGAUGAGGAAUAUGCGCCUUCUUCUAGCUGUCCUCUAUGUCCUUAUAGAGAUAGAUAAAGGGGCUUUUGUCAAUCCUUGUGACAAGGAAAACCAUUCCAUUCUUCCAAAUGGAGGAUGGAGGGGAACAGCAUGCAAACGUACAAGAGAAAAAAGCAUUUGCGACAGAUACAUUGAAACUGGUCAAAAUAAAUGGUACAAAGUAUUAGGUCAUGAUGACAGACUUCCCAGGAAAAUGGCCGAGGGUCCUGUGAGAAUGUUUUACUGUGGAACGAAUUACCCUCUGUACUUGCCUAAAGGCUCUCAUCCUACCACUGAUGGGACAGUUGUAACAAAAAAAGCAUGCAUGCAUGCUGGUUCUGAUGUAUGUAAAAAACAGUAUCCAGUGCAAAUUUUGAAGUGCGGAACCUUUUACUUAUACAACUUCUCUCGUCCAGAUAGUUGUGAUGUAGCUUAUUGCUUUGGAGAAAAUAUGGAAUGUUCAAAACCAGACCCUUGUGAGGAAACAAAUCGGCUCAAUCUUCCUGUUUCCGGAGAUCGAUCAACUAGUUGCCAAGACAAAUCGCUUAGACUAUGCGACUCCGUUCUGCGAAAUAGUUGGUAUCGACCGAUGAAGGGAAAUGUUGAUGUGGAAAUGCCUACAUCAUGUGUUGAAAGGGACAGCUGUGGAACAGAAGCCCCUAUUUGGUUGAAUGGCUUAGGGCCUAGUCUUGCUGAUAAAACAGUAGACAUGAAAGCCUGUGUAAAUUUGGGGAAAACAAAUAAAUGUUCCUGUGACAGGGAAAUUGAUAUACAAGUGCGGAAUUGUUCUUCGUAUUUAGUAUACAAUCUAACCUCCACACCAAACUGCCCUGAGAGAUAUUGUUUUGGUAAUACAGGAGAAUGUCAUGUGGAUAGCAAAGAAGACGAAUCAUUUUGGAAGAACAUCUUGAACAUACUCUGGGUUAUUUUUGCGAUGGUAGUUCUGAUUGUGUUUCUGGUGUUCGUUGGUGUUUUGAUAUUCAAAAAAGUUUUCAAUCAAAGUACAAAGAUUCGGACAAGCAAGGAUGAAAUAAAAAGUGAAAUUCAACAAACACAAAGCGGAAUACAAGGCAAGCAAUGGCAUGGUUGACAUUACAAUUAGCCAGAUAAUAUAAAACAGAACAAGUGACAUUUAAGUACAAAAUCUUGUACCUUGUAUGCUGUUC